GCACACAGCCAUCCAUCCUUCCCCUUCCCUCUCUCCCCCGUCCUUCUCUUUCUCUCUUCCAGGCCCGGUCUCGGCCGGAGGGGCCCCGGCAGCCAACAUGAGUUCGUACAGCUACGAGCCGUACUACUCCACCUCGUACAAGCGGCGCUAUGUGGAGACGCCCCGGGUGCACAUCUCUAGCGUGCGCAGCGGCUACAGCACCGCGCGCUCCGCUUACUCCAGCUACUCAGCACCCGUUUCCUCCUCGCUGUCCGUGCGCCGCAGCUACUCGUCCAGCUCCGGCUCCUUGAUGCCCAGCCUGGAGAACCUCGACCUGAGCCAGGUAGCCGCCAUCAGCAACGACCUCAAGUCGAUCCGCACGCAGGAGAAGGCUCAGCUGCAGGACCUGAACGACCGCUUCGCUAGCUUCAUCGAGCGCGUGCAUGAGCUGGAGCAGCAGAACAAGGUGCUGGAAGCCGAGCUGCUGGUGCUGCGCCAGAAGCACUCUGAGCCAUCCCGCUUCCGGGCCCUGUACGAACAGGAGAUCCGGGACCUGCGCCUGGCUGCCGAAGACGCCACCAACGAGAAGCAGGCGCUCCAGGGCGAGCGCGAAGGGCUGGAGGAGACGCUGCGCAACCUGCAAGCGCGCUAUGAAGAGGAGGUGCUGAGCCGCGAGGAUGCCGAGGGCCGGCUGAUGGAGGCGCGCAAGGGCGCAGACGAGGCGGCACUGGCUCGCGCCGAGCUGGAAAAGCGCAUCGACAGCCUAAUGGACGAAAUCGCUUUUCUAAAGAAAGUGCAUGAAGAGGAGAUCGCCGAGCUGCAGGCUCAGAUCCAGUAUGCGCAGAUCUCCGUGGAGAUGGACGUGUCCUCCAAGCCCGACCUCUCCGCCGCCCUCAAGGACAUCCGCGCCCAGUAUGAGAAGCUGGCAGCCAAGAAUAUGCAGAACGCCGAAGAAUGGUUCAAGAGCCGCUUCACCGUGCUGACCGAGAGCGCCGCCAAGAACACCGACGCUGUGCGCGCCGCCAAGGACGAGGUGUCUGAGAGCCGCCGCCUGCUCAAGGCCAAGACGCUGGAGAUCGAAGCAUGCCGGGGCAUGAAUGAGGCUCUGGAGAAGCAGCUGCAGGAGCUGGAAGACAAGCAGAACGCUGACAUCAGUGCUAUGCAGGACACGAUCAACAAACUAGAAAAUGAACUGAGAACCACGAAGAGCGAAAUGGCAAGAUACCUGAAGGAAUACCAAGACCUCCUCAACGUGAAGAUGGCUUUGGAUAUUGAGAUUGCAGCUUACAGGAAACUCCUGGAAGGUGAGGAGACCCGACUCAGUUUCACCAGCGUGGGCAGCAUAACCAGUGGCUACUCCCAGAGCUCCCAGGUCUUCGGCCGAUCUGCCUACGGCGGCUUACAGACCAGCUCCUACUUGCUGUCUGCCCGCUCCUUCCCAACCUACUACACCAGCCACGUGCAGGAAGAGCAGAUUGAGGUGGAGGAGACGAUCGAGGCUGCCAAAGCAGAGGAAGCCAAGGACGAGCCCCCCUCGGAAGGAGAGGCCGAGGAGGAGGAGAAGGAGAAGGAAGAAGGAGAGGAAGAGGAGGGAGCCGAGGAAGAGGAAGCUGCCAAGGAAGAAUCUGAAGAUGCAAAGGAGGAAGAGGAGGAAGGAGGUGAAGGUGAGGAAGGAGAAGAAGCCAAAGAAGCUGAAGAGGAUGAAAAGAAAGAGGAAGGUGCUGGAGAAGAACAAGCAACCAAGAAGAAAGAUUGAGCCCCACGUCCCCUUGACUAUCCCAGCAAGAAUUCUCCCAGAAUCAGGUCAACCUCAUCAUCAACCAACCAGUUGAGUUCCAGAUCUUCUAUGAAUUAAGAAGUCAAUAUAUGUAUAAUUCUGAGAUGAGUUAGGUUGGACAUUCAAUGUUGUGCUAUGAAUUUGCUCCUUAAUGCAGAGUAUCUGUUUGCUUGCAAGAGUGGCUUUCUGGCUUGCUGCCAGCCUGUGCAUGGUCCAUGCUUAUGAGUUCAGGAUCUAUGGCAAUGUGAACCAUUCAGAUGUUUACAAUAAAAACACAACACGAAUCAAUGAACUAUUUAUGUUAAUGUUAACCUUAAUGGAAAAAUACUCGUUUGAACCUUUGGUGGCUAGAAAUUAAAGACCUUGAGUUAUGUGCAAUAAACAGUAAAUAAAGUUACACUGAAUGACAUAUUUCUUGCUGUUGUUGUUGAGUCAAUUAAAAUAUAUUGCAGAUGGCACCGAUAUGAACUGUAUACAAGUGCACUAUUCCUUUUUCUUAAGUCAAAAUUUUUAGCAGUGACAAUAUUUUGAAAUUCUUAAUUGGGAAUCCUGUGGGAUCGUGAAAUCUCUCCCUUCAAAAUCUAUACUGAUAACCAAAGUUAUUAAAUGAGAGGUUUAAUAAAUAAUAACUUUAUUUGCUCCAUAAAAUGUACUCUGAGGUUGAGGGAGGGCUUCUUAAUAUGCUAUUCUGAAAUUACGUGAUAAAUACAUAUUUUAUGGAAAGCAGAUGAUAAUGCAAUAUGUGUAGAACAUGAAUCCCACCCACAUAACCAUACUUUAAAAUACAACAUAACUGACCAUCAGAGGCAGAAGUUGAGAUUCGAACAAAGGAUGCACUGAAGAUAAAUAAUUAUCAAAAUAUGAUUUGGGGAGGAGAAUAAGAAUAUCAAAGGUUAUUCGCAAACAUGUUGCCUGCAAUCCUGAGCUCAUGAUUCUAUGUGUUGAUAGCUUAAAUUUGUUGCCUCAAGUAGAUAGCCCAUAACACCACACACCUUUAAACCUUUUGCAAACUACAGACAUAGGUAAUGAAAUAAUUAUCAGUCACCGGGGGUAGGGGGAGAUAAUAGACUUGUACAUUAUAUUGGCAUCGUAGUGUGUGUCUUUACUGGGAAGUAUCUGAAUUUCAAUGAUAGCUUAACUGUUUGGAUAGUGCAUCAAACCCACGUCCCAUCUGCCCUCCCUCCCUAUCCACUGUAAAGUUAUGCAAGCUCUUGCACUUGCAUUUGAUGUGGAAUAUAGAUGAAGCUGCUGAUUGCUGCUCCGCUUCUGUCCUUGAACGCUUUGCCAGCUUGCUGUGUUCAAUAAUUGUUUUUAGAUAAUUUUAGUACUUAUGAAUUUUACCUGAAACCAAAGUGGUCUCCAUUAGAAAUGUUUGUCCCAUUGCUUUAACUAUUUCUAGUUAAAUAUAUGUUAUUCAACAAGCAGUUACAAUAUUUCUUUAUCUACUGUGACCCUGUGGAUUUGGACUUGGAAGGCUGUCAGCAAUGAUGAGGAGUCUCCUCCCAAACCAAGCUUUUUCAUUUAUGUUCAUGUAUACAUGGACUGAUGCACAUGGUACAUGUCUGACAGAUGCAAACUGCGUGCCAAGUCACUUUUGCCAAAUGAAAACAGCAGACUGAUUUGCGAAUUAAUUGGUUGAAGAAAGAUCACUGUGUCAUACUCCAUCCUGUGUGCCAUAAUAAAAUACUAAAAAACCUAAA